AUGAAUCAUGAAAAGCUACAGAAAUCGUCAAAAACAGCCUUGAAAAAAAAGGUAACAGGUGGUUUUUUUUUUAGCAAACUCUUUUGUGAUUUUGAACAAAACAGAAAUUCAAUAAAAUCUACAAUCCCCUGAAAGUCAAUAUCAUCGGAACUGAUAAACAAGAAACCAGGAGAAGCUUGUGAUAGACAAAGAAAAAUAUGGUAAAAUUAGGAAAUAAACAAAAUUUCGAAAUGUUUGCAACGUGCAAUUUUGCGCCGAGUUCAAUGCAACUUCCGCAUUCACGGGCGCCAUUUCGAGCGCGGCAUCUUUUUUUUUCGCCUCGAAGUUUUUUCAGUCUUUUUGAAAUUUUGAAAUUGUUUUGUUGUUCUUUUAUCAAUCAGAAUAUUAUUCAGGGCUUCAACCGUUUAUGACGAACUUUUGCCGCACGCUCGGAAAAGCAGUGAGUCAUUUCUUUGUCUGAAAUCGUUGUUCUUCUUUUUUGGGAAUACUUGAAGUUGUCCGCUGCUGAUUCCCUUGCAGCCAUACGUGGUUCAGGCGGUUCUUUGUUUACGAAUAUGAAGCCCAACAACACUCGUAAGAAAAAUAUGUUGUUUUUGAUUAAUAAUAUUUUUUUAAGAUGAGGAAGAUGAAGAUGGAGUUGAAGAGCAGGUGGAGCUGGACAGACCGGUCUCGCCGGCCCCUGCUGCUGAGUCGGCAGAUACAACCGAGCCACCGGCCGGCGACGGACUUUCCGAAGAAGUUUUCGUCGUGGGCAAAAUCCUUGACCACAAGUUCAAACGUGGCGAUCUUAUGCUGAAGGUAUUGUACAUGGAGAACUCAGAGAUUUCAAUAUUCAUCUUUUUCGAAAAAAAUCAGUGAUAGGAAAGAGUUUUUUCUUCACUUUGUGCCAGUAAUCUAAAAAAAAAACCCCUGCUUGAUUUGCGAAGAAAGGUUUGCAUUUCAGACAUUUCUUUAUUUUUUAUUUUGGCGGGAAAGUCUUGUAUGCCUUAAAUAACACAGUGAAAGGGUUUUCGUCGCAAAACCUUGUUGAAAUUACGAGAUGCGCCUUUAAACUUUCCGACAAUUUUAUAGGAGCUCUUUUUUUUUCGUUUUCACAUUAGUUGCUUUUUUAUCGAUUGCAUCAUUGUAAACAUUCGUAAUGUUUCAAAUUGAUUCACCGUAAAAACCUUAAUUGAAUGUUGAACACUUGAAUAUAGCCUCAUUCUGCUUUAUGGGGAAUUCAAAGUAGAAGUAUAGCAUGAGUUAUGAUAAACUUUUAGGGCUCUUUUCUAUAAGAAUUUUAAAAUUUGCCUUUUAAGCAAUCCCGCACCGGUUUCGCAACAUUUGUAGCUUCUUCUAAUUUUUUUACUCUGAAAUGACUCAGCUUUUCCCCUUGUAGGUCUCCUGGGAAGGUUACUCGGCGGAGCAUGAUACCUGGGAACCCGAGGAAAAUAUUGCCACCUGUGCCAAGGAGGCCAUCGACGACUACAUGUUCACCCUUGACGACUCGGAGCGCAAUAAAAUUGCCUCCGAGAAGCAAAAAUACCUUGAAAAGGAGGUAGAAUCAUGGAAAGGCGCUGGGAUCUUCAACAUGAGAAUUUUCAGCGCCGUCGAUCCGAGAAGGCUGAGCGAAAGAAGCAUGAGAAGAAGGAGAAAAGGAGUAGCGCCAGGUUGAGCGCCACCCCGACUCCUAAAAGGUGCAGUCUUACCUGAAUCCUUGGGGAAUAAAGUCUGAAUUCAGUGAGAAACGGCGCGGACGUCCGCCAAAGGAAGACGGGAAAGCGGCCGACGAAAGUGGCGACUAUGAAUCGUUCCUGAAGAGCUCCUCGAAACGCAAGCGUCGCGAUUCCGGCUCUUCUGUGUUGGUUUUAAUCAGAUUUAUAGACCUGAUUUUUUUCAGAAGUUCAAUUUUUUUGCAGAGAGAAGUUGGGAAGAAAGAUUGUUCUUGGCGAAAUUCCAGGCCCCCCAUAAGGCAAAUUUCGAGGGGGCGGGUGGAAAUCAGAGACCUUUUAAUGGGGGAGGCUAUAUCUCAUUCUAAAAUUGCCCCCACAGUGUUAAGUUGGGGACGAUUCUAAAAAAACAAUCUUGAAGAAUACAGUUCUAGAAUCCCUCCUCCCCUCCACCAUUCUAGAAGCCCCCCCCCACAACAUACUAAACUACCAGUUCAACGAAAAUUUAAAAAAACUACUGGAAAACAACCAGCUCCUGUCGAGUAUAUAGUAUACAUGCCUGGGAGGGGGGCAUUCCGGACUAAUAUCCACAAAUUUUUCAUCAGAUUUAAGCUAUAAUUUUUACUUUUUUACUGGGAAAUCUGUUGCUUUACAACAAACUAGUGUUUUAUAUUAAUAACUUCUUCAGAAAAAUAAAACUUUUCUUUUCAGCUCUUCGAAGGACAGCGAGUUCGAGCCCAAGAAAAAGAAGUCGAAGCGAGAUAAGGGGUGAGAAUUCGAAAAAAAUACAGCUCAAAUUUAUUGAUUUUUCUUAGCUCGGCGAAAUCGGCGGCUCCCACGACCAAAGCCGCCUUGAAGGCCUACGAUGCUCCGGCUUCGUCUGGAUCCCCCACUAAAGUGAUCAUUUUCAGAAUUUGAUGUGAAAUGAUUGGCAAGAAAAGAGAAAUUUCAAGUAGACUUGUCUCUUUUUCAUGCUACAUCUCUACUCAUUUUCAAAUAGAAACCCUAAAAAUUGGUUGUUUUUUAGAAGCUCCGCAACACUUGGCUGCUUGAUUCGGAUUCCGAGGCUUCGGAUACCGAAAAACCUGCCGGCCCGGAACUUACCCUGAAACUCAAGAGAGAAGAUGUGGAGGUUCGAUAAAUAUUCCAGAAAAAAUCCGAAUAAAUAUAUGUUAUUCUAGGAUCCCUCCCACAACUCUGCUCCUUCCUCCUCCAAGAGGGACAAGGAAAAGGAGAAGGAGAAGAAAAAGGAGCGCAAGUCCAAGGAAAAUCACUCUUCGAGCAGCCAUCAUGAGAAGAAGCACGAGGAGAAAGGUACGAGAAAAUAGAGAUUUUUUGAUGAUAAAUUUUUUAAUUUUCCAGCUGCCAAGGAUUGGAGCGUCGUCGGAAUGGCUCAGCAGCCUGAUUCGAGCUUGAUCAUCCUGAUGAACAACUCGAAAACCGAGGAACGCCGUCAGCUGUCCCCUGAGGGUUGGUCUUGUUAAGAUUUUUUUUUCGCUUAGGAACGCUAGAUUGGUCCCUAUAGGAGCGACCUUAAGAUCCCCUUAGAGGUUUCCCAAUACCUAAGUUUUACCCCUAUAGGGGCUCUUUUUUUGAAAGGCUGCUUCCUAAGGAUCUUUAUAGGGAUCACUUUAGAAUUCUCAAAUGAGUCUUUUAAAAUGCGAGUCAGUACUUGGAAACUCCAGAGGGGUCCCUACAGGGCCUUUGGAGGACCCCCUCUAGGGAUCACUAAAUCUUGAAAAGGGGCUCUCAAAAGAGCUGUUUUUUCCCCCUAACCCCUAUAGGGGGCACUCUGGCGUUCCUAAGGGUAGAAGCAUUUUCAUGGGAACACCAUUUAUGGUUAUGGUAUUAACUGUACAGGAAAUUGCUAAUUCGCGUGAAUUUCGGUAAUUUUUAGAAGAUUAGCCCUGGAGCAUGUUCUGUGGGAGUAGAAGAGCUUUCCAAUUCGUUAGGAUUUUUUCUAACCCGAGAGUUUUGAAAUCAUUUUGGCGGCUUAAAAACACUUUUUCAGAAUUGGAGCGUGAUUUCUUCAAGUUUAAGGAAUUUUGUUUGACUUGCUUGCUAAAAUUUCAACGUUCGAAAGUUUUAAAGCUAUCUUUCUGAUUUUUGACGUGUUUUUAAGUCGUAUAUGCUUGAAAAUGGACUCUGAAGCGUUUUUUUUGUGGAUUUCUGAGUGUUUUGAGGAGAAGAAUUGUGUUCAGAAGUUUUGAAAAAUAGAUAAUUUGGAAUCUGAAAUUUUUUAAAGCUAGAAAGAGCUGAAAAAACUGGAAAAAUUCUUUCAGAAGCCUUCAAACUCAACUCGUGGGGCUUUUGCAAGUACCUGAUCGAUCGUGUUGUUUUCUGA